AUGUCGCUUUGGGUGUCCCCACACUUUCCGAUACACGGUUACUUUAGCGCAGCUGCAAUAGCUACGGAUCACGUCCGAUGCUCAGAGUUCGCCAGGGAUGUUAUGAUAGAAGGUGGUAACGCUGUUGAAGCAGCUAUUACGAUAUUGGUAUGUUUGGGAGUCAUCAAUCCUAUGAGCAGUGGACUCGGCGGAGGUCACUUUAUGACUAUUUACAAUGCGACAACACGUAGUUGUUUCGUGGUUGAUGCUCGAGAGGCAGCGCCUCUUCGCGCUCAUGAGCGCAUGUUUGACAGCAAUCUAACGGGAUCGGAAACUGGUAUGUUAUGGCUUACGGAUUUUGUAGCUAUAGGCCGAAAGAACUCGAGCGUUGAUCAUUGUUUAGGAUGGAAGGCAGUUGCUGUUCCUGGUGAACUUUAUGGGCUAUGGGAAGAAUACAAGAACUUUGGAGGAAAUGUGCCUUGGCCGCGACUUAUAGAACCAACGUUGAAGAUGAUGGACGUCGGAGUUCCAGUGUCACAAGCGUUAGAGGCAGCACUAGAGCCCUGGGUCAAUGCAUGCUGCAACUGUGAACGGCAGUCAAGUACGCUUGAGAUGCUUGCUAGGGCUAAAGAUCCAGUGAAGGACUUCUAUAGAGGGAAACUGACUAAGCAGUUUGUCAAAGAGUUUAAAGCAAAUGGUGGAAUAAUUACUGCGGAAGAUUUCAAACGAUACAGAGCCAUAAUAAGAAACCAGUCCGAGUUGAUCGUCACUGAACUACAUGGCCGGUAUAUCUGUGGUCCUCCUCCUCCAUCCUCGUCGGCAGUAACUCAGAGUAUUAUUAAAAUUAUGGACGACUAUAUCACAGGACUGAACGAAACAAAACCAGAAGCAAAUGCAGACAUUUACCAUUAUUAUUUGGAAGCAUCUAAGUUUGCGUACGCUGUGAGGUCCGAGCUUGGAGAUGGAGCAUUUGUUCCACAAGCAAUGAAGAUCGCUAAAAAUAUCACAAGUGAGGAGUUCCUACAGUAUGUUAGGAAGUCCAUUGGCUCUCGUGCGCUUCCUUUAGAUGGUUACCAACCACAUUCUGUUCCUUCUUCAGAUGAUGGGACUUCAAGUUUUAUGGUGCUUGACAGACAGGGCAAUGCUGUUGCGUGCACAACUACUAUCAAUUUUCUCUUUGGAGCGGGUGUUGCAUCAGAGAGCACUGGCGUAAUAUGGAACUCCAAUAUGGACGACUUUUCAUCUCCAAAAAAACCGAACUUUUAUGGUUACCCUCCAGCUCCAGCUAACUUUAUACGCCCUGGAAAAAGGCCAAUGAGCUCCAUAAGUCCUCUCAUCAUUGUUAAUAAAGCUACAGACAAGGUUGAGCUGGCGGUUGGUGCAGCUGGAGGCUCAAGAAUCAUUUCAACAGUUUCCCUUAUUGCAACUAAAGUGCUGAAGUUGGGCUGGAAAUUAAGAGAUGCCUUGACGUCUUCUAGGUUACACAACCAGCUGUUUCCUAACGUUACCUUGCACGAACCAGGUUUCCAGCAACACGUCAUAGACGAACUGAACAGUCGCGGUCAUUCAUUAAAAGAAAUAUCUGCACUCAGUGAAGCAACAGCAAUUUUUGUGGACGGUGAGAAGCUGUAUGCUGCUUGCGACUUUCGUCAAGGCGUUGAAGCUCAGCCUUGUGGAUAUUGA